GAUGCAGUUUAUGUUGCAGCAACAGAGUCGCGUCCCGGUCCCGUCGCGCGUACGUGAGGCUCGUGCGUCAGAGGUCCGUUGUGUCACGAGCAGCGUCCCGCCGGAGGGAGAGAGGGAGGGGUCCCAAACACAGUUUCUGUGUUGAGCUGCUGGAAAAUUCCAUUUCGUGCUUAUGCCUUACAUGUGCAGCUUCACUGUCGAAAACAAGCGCCGAGAUUACUGCAGGUAAAUUAGUCUACACUCCUCUAGAGCCGACUGAGACUAAUCUUCGGGAGCAUGGAGCUGGAUCGGCGGCUGCUGCUGGCUCACUGCGCCGCGCACGCCCUCUCCGUUAUCGCGGGACUCCUGGUGGUCGUGCCGCUCGCUCUUAACGGAUCCGCUUUCAAGGGGAGGUGCGUGCUGUUUAGUCAGGGCUUCUGGCGGACGGAAAACCUGACGGUGGGCGAGGGAGAGUCCCGAGAGGUCACUCAUCUGGUGCUGCAGCAGUGGGGUCCGUUAGCGGCGUGCCAGUUCGCCACAUUCGUGGGCGUGUUCACCGUGCUGUACGGCGCUGUUCAGGGCUGGAGGAGCCUGUUCUACCUCCACCGGCGGCACGACGACACACUCUUCUCUGCCUUCCUCACUCUGCUGCUGAGUCUGUGUGUGCUCUUCCUCUCUGGAGGGGCCAGUGUUACUCUCACCCUGGGCCUGGUGUCCUGGUGCAACACUGUUACGGACCACAACACCAGACCCUACAGUUGUGCGGAGUCUCAGUCUGUUCCUCUGUAUCUGGACGUUGAGACGUCCUCGUUCUACUCUGAGCUCAAUUGUGCACAGAUCUCUCUGUGGUGUGUAACAGCUCUGUGGUUGGCUCACUCUAUUUUGUCCUUCCUGAGGCUCUAUCAUUCUCACAGUCAGCAGAUCAGCAGACCCUGUUUAUCCAGGGAGAAGGAACUCCUCCUGGGCCAAACUCAAGUGGAGUGUCCCAUUCAUCAUCAUCAUCCUCAUCCACACUUGCACCCUUCACACACUCCCAGUGCCAUACAGUGUUCAUAGAAGUUGUACUUUGAGGUUGAUCUGAGGCCAGUUUUAGUGAUGGGAAAGACUGGUCAAAGAUUAGCAUAAAAAGGAAUUAACAUCUAAUCUAAACAGACAAUCCUCACAAUUCUCAUGCAUGUUACAUCUCAGUGAUUGGAAUUAGCCUUGGUUUAAUCUAUUUGUUACUUUUUAUGCAU